UCCCCACUCCCGGAGGCGAUGCCUCGUGCCUUCCUGGUCAGGAGUCGGCGUCCACAGCCACCCAACUGGGGCCACCUGCCUGACCAGCUCCGGGGAGACACCUAUGUCCCAGACUGCAGCAGCCUGGGGGGACCACCGGCACACCAGCCUUCCAGCCGUGGGGACUCUUGGGCGGUGCCCACGCAAGGCACUCUGGCCUCCACUCCCAGGACCCCUGGGACGCUUUGCUGCCCGCUCUGCCCCAAGGCCUUCCCAUUGCGACGCAUGCUGACGCGGCACCUCAAGUGCCACAGCCCCGCGCGCCGCCACGUGUGCCGCUGUUGUGGCAAGGGCUUUCACGACGCCUUCGACCUCAAGCGCCACAUGAGGACUCACACCGGGAUCCGGCCAUUCCGCUGCGGAGCUUGCGGGAAAGCAUUUACGCAGCGCUGCUCGCUUGAAGCGCAUCUCGCCAAGGUGCACGGGCAGCCGGCCAGCUACGCGUACCGCGAGCGCCGCGAGAAGCUGCACGUGUGCGAGGACUGCGGCUUCACCAGCGCUCGGCCCGACGCCUACGCGCAGCACCGCGCCCUGCACCGCGCCUGAGCCUGUGCGCCCGCGCCCGCGAGAGGCAAAUAAACACAGGAAACGCACACACAACACAGCAUUUAU